CCAGUAGAUGGCGUUGGAAACAAGCCACGAAAACUGGCUCUUAAAUGCCAGUAGAAAAAAGGGAAGCCAGCCAACCAACUUUGACCGAUUUAGUGCCAAGUUAGUGCAAACAAAAAAAAUUGUCAGCCAAUAGAUUGAUCCUAUUCUGUGUGCGUUGCUGUAUUGUUAUCGACUGCUUUAACCUUCACUGAUCAAUACUGUUACUAGCGGACAUUGUUGCUACCGUCAAUUACAACAAACGAGAGAAUUACCGUUUGUUAUUUCCCAGUUUCCAGUGCGAAAAUUUCUUGAUUUUUUUCUUUUAGUGUCUAUAUGUUCGAUGGUUUCAUUCCAGACAGCCACCAUGUCUGGAUUGUCUAGACUGGGCGGAGCAUAACCGUUUUCUCUCUACGCAGCCCGAAUUUAAAAUUAUUUCAUCUUCGUUUCUUGAGUUCCUUUAUAUCCGCAUUCAACAUUUAUCCAAAUCAAAAUGGUUGGUGACAGGAUAUAUUUUGCAUUGGUUGUUGCUCUGACCUGCUGGGAAAUGGCGUUAGCCCUCAGAUGCCACUGUGAUAUAUGCACCGUGGAGACCAACUACACGUGUGAAACCGAUGGUUUUUGCUUCACCUCAACUUCCCUAAAUCGAAAAACUGGAGCCUUGAUUCAUGCCUACAGAUGCUUGGACCGAGUGCUGCUGUAUCCGCCCGAAAAUCCAAUCAUGUGUCACUACUCCCGACCUAUGAACGACACGUUUGUCGUCGGAUGCUGCAAGGACUACGACAUGUGCAACCGAGAUCUGAAACCCAUACUGCACGUCCGCAACAACACAGAUCCGGAGAGCGGCGAUUCGAUCUGGUUCGUGUCUGGAACGUGGGAGACGGCACUCAUCAUCGGAAUUCCAUUAGCCGUCAGCAUAGUAGCUGUAAUGAUCUUCCUCAGCGUGAGGCAUCAGAAGCGAAGACGAAUGACCAAUCGACGCGUAAUCGACAUGGAGCACAAUAUGGAUUCCGCCGAUAUACCCAUUCUCGGACACAAUGGUGUAGGGGCAGCUUGUAUUAGAGAUAUGAUCGACAUGACAACCAGUGGGUCAGGUUCCGGUCUUCCUCUUCUCGUCCAGCGCAGUAUUGCACGUCAAAUUCAGCUAAUGGAUAUUAUCGGCAAAGGCAGAUUCGGAGAGGUAUGGCGUGGAAGAUGGCGCGGCGAGAACGUGGCCGUCAAAAUCUUCUCUUCUCGCGAAGAGCGUUCUUGGUUCCGCGAAGCCGAAAUUUACCAAACUGUCAUGCUUCGUCACGAUAACAUCCUUGGCUUUAUCGCUGCCGACAAUAAAGAUAAUGGAACGUGGACUCAAUUGUGGUUGGUUACCGACUACCACGAAAAUGGAUCCUUAUUUGACUUUCUCAAUCGAACCACUGUUGAUAGCACCACAAUGGUACGCAUGGCCCUCUCCAUUGCCACGGGGCUCUCUCACCUUCACAUGGAAAUUCUGGGCACGCAAGGUAAACCGGCUAUCGCGCAUCGAGAUCUCAAAUCCAAGAAUGUUUUGGUUAAAGCUAACCGCACCUGCGCCAUUGGUGACCUGGGUCUUGCCGUUCGUUACGACGCUACCGUCGACACGGUUGACAUAGCGCUCAAUCAUCGAGUGGGCACGAAACGAUACAUGGCCCCUGAGGUCCUUGACGAAACUAUCAACGCCAACCAUUUCGAUUCGUUUAAACGUGCGGAUGUCUACGCUUUGGGUCUCGUCUUUUGGGAGAUUGCCCGGCGUUGCAACAUGGGUGGCAUUAUCGACGAAUACCAACUGCCGUUCUACGAUGUUGUGCCGUCCGACCCGUCCAUCGAAGAAAUGCGCAAGGUUGUUUGCGUCGACCGUCAGCGACCUUCAAUUCCCAACCGGUGGCAAUCGUACGAAACUCUUCGGGCCAUGUCGCAGCUAAUGAAAGAGUGCUGGUACGCCAACGCAGCCGCCCGUCUCACGGCGCUACGUAUCAAAAAGACGCUGGCCAAUUUGGAUGCCCCGGAAGAUGUCAAAAUUUGAAUACUGCCCGUCUCGCUACGUCAUUGAAAAAAAAAGAGAAAACAAAACAAAACAAAAAAAUUAAACAGUUCAAAGUUGUUAGCUACUAUAGUUAGUGAAAAUCGCUUGUUUACUUUUUAUGUGUGUGUUAUGUGAAUGCGCUGGUGGUUGUGUGAGCGUGUCUCGUAACCUGCCAACUGACUUUUCCUCUUGAUUGUUGAUUGUGUGGAUGGCGAUGAUCGACCUUGCUAAUUGUAGUGCAUUUUCUUUAUUAACUCCUUUUGUUUUUCUCCCUCUAUAUUAUACCCCAUUAUGACCGAGACAGACACACACCCAAACUCACUCAUCGGUACGAUUCCGAAACAAUUAUUGCCUAUUGGAAUUUCUGCUUUUUCGAAUUUUUUUCAUCCUAUCUAAAAAAUUACGUUGCUUUCAGAAGAGUAUAUAUAUAUAUAUUCACAUUUUUUUUUUCUUAUGUUUCGGUUUGUUUUAAUGUUUCUCCCGCUCAUUCUUUGUUUAUUUCUUCAUUUUUUUUUUCAAACAUGAAACAACAUUGAUGACAUACAUAUACAGAGUCAAAGAUAAA